UUAACAAGUGGCAGAAUAUUUUUCGUGAGUCGAUGAUAAGCAGAGGAGAAGUUGUUUUGUGACAUUCCUGCAAUGAUCUGAGGGAAAGUCUUCACAGUGCGACUCUCACAGCUGAAGCUGGCAGCAGUGUGGAAGUGGACUGAUAAAGUCUUCAAAAAAAAAAAGAAUCAAGAUGGCUGUCGUGCAAAGCGAUAGACAGUUUUUCAAGUACCAUGGGUUGGAGAACCAAGGAGCAACGUGUUACUUGAACAGUGUGCUGCAGGUGCUGUUCAUGACCAAACGCUUCAGAGAGGCUGUGGAAAGGUACACCAGUGGAAACCCUGAUCCUGAGCGUAUUGACUCUCAUCUUAAAGACGUGUUUGAUGACUUAAAGAAAGGAACAGCAUACACCUAUAACAUCACAAAGAGGCUGGGCAUCGAAAGAGUGUAUGAACAGCAAGAUGCUGCGGAGUACUUUGAGAAGAUUUUAGCUCUGACCAGUGAUGAGGCUUCACAGAUCUUCCAUGGAGAGUUGACACACAAGACCAUUUGUUCUAAAUGUCUCACAGAGAAAAACGCAGAUGGGUUAUUUUGGCAUCUUCCUCUUGAGCUGGUGGUUUCCUACAAUGAACACUACAGUGUGAUGGCCGGCACUGAGGAGUAUUUCAGAGAGUUGAACUUCAGUGGAGAAAACCAGAUGUACUGUGACCAGUGUGAUGACAAAUCUGACGCUACUGUUAAAUGUGUCAUAAAGCAUCAUCCAGAGGUUUUGAUGCUGCUGCUGAAGAGGUUUGAGUUUAACUACCAUUACAAGAUGUAUUUCAAAAACAACUGUGUUGUGGAUGUUCCCAGAACUCUACAGAUCCCAGAGAAUCAGACGUAUGAACUCUACGCAGUUGUGGAUCACUUUGGUGAUCUGAGAGGUGGACAUUACACUGCAAGAGUUAAGUCAGAGGACGAUGAGAGAUGGUAUAACUUCAAUGAUUCCAGAGUCUCAUUGCUUCAUUACCAGCCACUCCAGGUGGAUAACAGUGAGAGUCCCUGCAGCGCUUAUCUUCUUUUUUACAGGAAAAAGAAAACCCACGCUGCAGAACCUUGCACUCAAGACAUGAAGGAGGUGUCCACCAAUGGAGGUUUCCCACCUGCUGCCGGUGACAAUGACGACCCGUAUCAAGAUGAGAAAAAGGAAAAGGCGAAGAAAAGAAAGAGAGAGGAGGUCGAGGAGACAGUAGAAGUGGGUAAUGACACUGCAGAGGCUGCUUCCAUUGACACAAAUGGAGAUACAGGAAUUGGAGACACGGUCAGUGUCGGGUCCGUAGUUGACGUCAGACAGAGCCUACCACACAAUCAGCAGGAGUGUCGUGAAGAAAGGAGUGACUUGCGUGAUCAAGAUGCUGAAAAAUGUGAGAGAGGUGAGGGGAAAGUAAUGAGGGAUGAUGAAGAGGAGGAAGAUGAGACAGGAGCUGGUGAGCAGGCAGAAAAGAGAGAGCCGUCCUCUACAGAAACUCGUCCUGGAGAAAGCAGGGAGGAUCAGGACAGUUACCGUGGAGAACAAGUUUGUGUGAGCAUGCAGAGGGAUGAGGAAAGAAAGGUAAUGUAUGCAAAUAUAGACGAGAAUAGAAAGACUGCGGGUGAUGAACAGUCAGACAAGAAGGGAAAAUCCUUGACAAAAUACCCCAACAGAGAUGCAAAGGAUGAGGACAAUGAAGGAUCAGACAUUGUUAAACAUGUCAAUGACGACGAGGGAGCUAAACAGGAAGUUAGAGAAGAGAAUGACCUUCAACCAGUUAGGGCAGACAAAAAGGGAGAUGCGAAGGAGAUGGAAAAAGAUGUUAAAGAUGACGAGGGAGGAAAGACUGGGGCUGAUAAAGUCAUAUCAGGAAGAGGAAAGCUCUUGUCAAGAUCUGACCAUGACUUUUAUGAGUUUCCCAGGUCUGGUGAUAGAAAACAAAACGUAUCAGGCGAAGACGGUCAGAGGCGUAAACAGGGAGGAAGUAGCAGGUCGUAUAAAAGACAUGAACCAUCGAAAGAGGAGGGAAGGGAUGUUAAAGGAGACAAGGAACAAAAGAGAGGAGAUGAUGAACCCGCACGAAAGAGAAGAGCAUCAGAGAAACAACAACACUUCAGUCGGGAUGUAGAGGAUCAGAGCCGCGGAGUUGACGUUAGACUGAACAGACCGGAGCAGAACAUCAGCGUUACACAUAAAAGACAUGAAAGUGUGGGUGUGGAGAAACAAGUCAGAGAGGAGAAACAUGCAGGAGAUACUCAGCGUAUUCAAAUCAGACAGGACUCGUCUCUUAGACAAGCAGGGUCGGCAGGAAGGGGAAGCCUGACCGAGAAACGGAGAGGUGGCAGUGUAGAAAAGAACGGAAAUUCUCAGUCUACAGCUAGAGCUGAAUUUAAGGACGUAACAGUGGAAGGAGUUCAGGAGAGGGAAAGAAGCAGUGGCAUGGAAACUGUAGAGAAAAUUUCACAGGACAGUACAAAGAGGCGGGUAAAUAAUAGAGGGAGUAUUAAAGGAAAAGAUGAUCCAAAACCGGAUGGAGCGGUCACUUUGACAGAGGGUGUUCGCAGUAUAAACCUGAAUGAUUCACCUUUGCCAGAGCCGCAGAAACACAAAGCCAAGAAAGUCAGUGGAAAAGCAAAAGGGAAGAACGAGACAGAGAUCGUUCCUUAUUCACAUGCAAGAGAAGAAUCUGAUGCACAAACACAAGAUGGAGAAAAAAAUGUCACGAAAAAACGACAUAAGAUGAUGGGAGGAUUGUGGUGUUUGACGAAUAAGCAGAAGGAAAGAAAGAAAAAAACAAAAAAGAACAAAACCAUUGGGUGUUUUCCUAUGUUAAAGAGGAAUCGGAAAAAGGCAGAGUCGAUGUCGGAUUAAGAUCACUUCCUGUUUUACCACAGGAUUGUUUCAAAUGCAAAAGGUUUAAUGAGCGAGAGGGAUGUUUUAGAUUCAGGUGCUGCUGUAUUGCAUCAGCCUGUAAUAGAAGGUAACACAAGCAGACAGAAUCACCUUUAUGUUCAUUUAAUUUACAAUUAGCCUACACUCACUGACAUUGAUCACCCAGUGUUUGUGUGUUGUGUGUGACGUGUUGACCUGAUAUCUUCUAUGUUUUUUUUAAACUAAAGAUUAUGCAUCAAUGGAUGCCACAAAAUGUAACGUGUGAUUUCAGACAGUCAGAGAUCGAGUGAAGAAAUUACUUUCAAGUGUAAAUCUUUGCAUUAACACUUGUACGUGUUUUCUUAUUUCAAUGUUAAGUGGUGGUAUAAAUUAUUUAGCUUUUUGAUCUCAAUGUUGUUUACGAGUUCGUGUAAACCAUCACUGUCCACUGACUAAUGUUAUAGAUGCUUUGGAUUUUAUGUUCAUCACUUUGAAUCAAACCAAACGGUUGUUGUGUUGUCAUUUACCUUUGUCCCACUUGAGGGUUUCUGAUGGUGAUUUAAAUAAAUGAAUGAAUAAAUAAAUAUGUAUAUAAAAUAAGAAUAACAAAGCCUUGGACACCUGGUUUUUGUGAAAGGUCAUAGGUCAUGAUGGUAGGAGAGAUUUCCCUGCUGUGUAGUGUUGGAUUUUUAAAAACAGAGACACAAGUUUUUACAAUAAUUAUAUACAACAUUACGUUCAAUUUAAUCACACAAACCUUUUAUACUGUACUUGCCAGGUUACAGCUGAGUGUGGUACUGACAAAUCCAAUCUGUGAGCCUGUGUUCAGGAUUAUAAAUCAUCCCCCUUCACAUUAGCAUCUUUCCCACAGUCAUUUUGCCUCUCAUAGGUGUGUGGCCUGUUCUGCUGGUUUAAUUGCGAUCAUAUCAUGUAGACUUUGAAAGAACACUUUGUACCAGGAAAUAUUUCUUUGAAAUAAAAAUACC